AUGGAGCCCGUAUACCAAGCGCUGGUGGACCGCAUCCAGGCGAAGUGGUCCCAACAACAAGCACACCAAGAACAAAGCCGCCCACGCCUCCUCAUCGCGCUGGCCGGCCCUCCCGGCAGCGGCAAGACCACCAUCGCGGAGCAGGUCGCCCUCCGGCUGCGGCAGCGCGCCCCCUCCCUCCGCGUGGCCUGCGUCUCGGCAGACGGCUUCCACCUGCCCCUCGCGACGCUGCGCGCCCUCCCCAACGCGACCGAGGCGCUCGCGCGGCGUGGCGCGCCCUGGACGUUUGACGGCGCGGCCACGGCGGCCAUGGUGGCCCGUCUGCGAGCUGGGGCAGGGCGUCAGGCGGUGGUUGUGCCCUCGUUUGAUCAUGCGACCAAGGACCCCGUCGCGGAGGGCCUUGUGGUCGGGCCCGAUGUCCAGGUGUGCAUCGUCGAGGGGAAUUACCUGCUCUGUGACGAGGCGCCGUGGUCAAGGAUCGCGGAGAUUGUGGAUGAUAGAUGGCUGGUGGUUGUCGACGCGACGUUGGCGCGGGAUCGGGUCGCCGCGCGGCAUGUUGAGGCUGGGAUUGAGAGAACUAUGGAGGAGGCACUGGCGAGGGCUGAGCGCAAUGACAUGGUCAAUGGGGAGUUUGUGAUGAGGCAUAGUGAGGGGCGGGCGGAUCUUGUGAUUCACAGCGUGGAGGAGGCUGGUCAGUAUUAG